AUGUCAGCGCAAGGUAAGCACAGUGAUCAUCUUUCAAUCAUUUCCUGCCGACAAUGCCGACAGAGGAAAAUAAAAUGUGGGAGGCAAUUUCCAGGUUGUGACAAUUGUGUCAAGAGAAGUUAUGAAUGCAAUUAUCCAGAUACACAUCGAAAGACCAGUACAAAAUUAGUGAAGAGCCGCAAACAUGCGAACGCAAGAUACUAUGGUUUUAGAUCUGUGAAUAGAUCACUCUUUGAGGCUGGAAUGCCGUUUUGUAAUGUCGAUUUUGAAUUAGAGGGCAAGUAUGCAUCGAGCUCAAUGAAAAGAUUUCUCAAUUCUAAGGUGUACAAGAAAUAUAUUGAAGAACCAAGUUAUAUAUUGCAGGCCAUGAAAUUAGUGAAGAACAGUGCAUCGUAUUCCUUUUUUGAGCAUAUCGUUGAUGUUAAUGCUCUGGAGACGAGCUUGAAACUUAAGAAGGGAGGUGGCUUUCAAACAUUACUGCUUCUGUAUGCGGUGACCAUCCUAUCGGAAAGAUUUUUUGAUAGCCCACCAGAUGUUCAAGACCUAAUUGAAGAACUGCAUCUUUUGCUUGAUGACUGUCCGGAUUGUCCUGAGAAAGUUUCGUCAUACAUACUUCUCGCAGACUAUUAUCACUGUAACUUCAAGAUAGAAGCCGCCUGGAAGCGGAUAUAUCUUGCGACUUCAAUCGGUUAUGCACUGGGUCUGCACGGCACUUCAUCGAAGAUCUGGGCUAUGUUGAUGUUUGAGGACUCGCUCCUAUGUUCUAUCCUUGGUCGUCCCAGUUCCAUCAGCAAAAUCAAUCCAAAGCUUAUUCACAACCUUUGCGAUGGUUGGGGUGAAAUAGCUUUGUUUUUAAGAGAGUUUAAUGCUGUUCUUUUGGACUUGGAGUCAGAGCACAGUAUCGAGAAAGUCAUAUGUCUAGAGUUGAAGUGUGACACUAUUAUUGAAAAGACGAGGAGUUCUUUGAAUGACCGACAUACACAAUACGAUCAAAAACUCAAGUUUUUGGACUAUCUGAAACUUCUGAUCAUGGUAUCAAGUCAGGUCAGGCUGUUGUUUCCCCUGUUCUCAAAGCAUAGACUCAUUAAGAGACGUUUGGACGAAAAUUGCAGUGGUUUAGCAAACCUAUUAUGUGAACUUUCUCAAUAUUUAACAAACUCAGGAUUGGCAACGAGAAAUAAUUUCUUCAAUAUACGUUCUCAUUUUUUCCCUGCAUAUUGUUGUGUCUUUCAAGCAUUCCUCUUUCAGUUUUUGUUCACUUCAAGUGAGCUCGUGAAGGUUUCUGACAAAGAGGAAGCAUGCGCUGGACAAGUAUCAAUGCCGAGGGAUCUGACAAAUGUCAAUUCAGCUGUAUCUUCUUUGAGCACCACCGUUACACUUCUGAAGAACUUCGAUUAUGUUGCUGACAAGAUAAAUUUCUGUGGUUUCAUGAGAGAUGUAUUCGAGUCCUUUAGAGCUCUUCUAUGUCGAAAAACUGACGAAAAGCUACUGGCUCCUCCUCCGCAUAUAUACCCUCCUGGUCUACCAACAUACGAUAAACCACCACCUCUUUGCGGUGAUGUCUCCAGCGAAAGUCAGGAUGUUCCAUCGCCGUUUACUGAAGAUAUAGCGGACUGGAUCACAUCUUGCUUCUAUGAUGGUGUUCCAUAUUUACUUUCAGGAGACAAACCAUAUCAAUAG